AUGUCCGCGCAGAGCCUACUCCACAGUGUCUUCUCCUGCUCCUCGCCGGCCUCGGGCGGCGCGGCCUCGGCCAAGGGCUUCUCCAAGAGGAAGCUGCGCCAGACCCGCAGCUUGGACCCGGCCCUGAUCGGCGGCUGUGGGGGCGAGGCGGGCGUGGAGGGCAGCUCGCGGGGGGCCACCGGGGGCCGCCUGUGUUCCGCGCUGCCCCCGGCCGAGGGUCUCAGCCCGCGCUCGGCGUCCUCUCCUCGGGGCCCACACCCCCGGGCCAGCCGACUCCCGCCCCCUAGACCCCUCUGCUCAUCCCACUCCACGCCCAGCACCCCUCAGGAGAAGUCACCGUCUGGCAGCUUCCACUUUGACUAUGAGGUCCCUCUGGGUCGCGGCGGCCUCAAGAAGAGCAUGGCCUGGGACCUGCCCUCAGUCCUGGCCGGGCCCGGCAGUGGCCGCAGCGCCAUCCUCUGCUCCUCGGGGGGUGGCCCCAAUGGCAUCUUCGCUUCUCCCCGGAGGUGGCUCCAGCAGAGAAAGUUCCAGUCCCCCCCCAACAGCCACAGCCACCCCUACGUUGUAUGGAAGUCCGAGGGUGAUUUCACCUGGAACAGCAUGUCGGGCCGCAGUGUGCGGCUGAGAUCAGUUCCCAUCCAGAGUCUCUCUGAGCUGGAGCGGGCCCGGCUGCAGGAAGUGGCUUUCUAUCAGUUGCAGCAGGACUGUGACCUGAGCUGUCCAAUCACCAUUCCCAAAGAUGGGCAGAAGAGAAAGAAAUCUUUGAGAAAGAAACUGGAUUCACUAGGAAAGGAGAAAAACAAAGACCGAGAAUUCAUCCCACAGGCAUUUGGAAUGCCCUUAUCCCAAGUCAUUGCAAAUGACCGGGCCUAUAAACUCAAGCAGGACUCACAGAGGGACGAACAAAAGGACGCGUCCGAUUUCGUGGCUUCCCUCCUCCCAUUUGGAAAUAAAAGACAAAACAAAGAACUCUCAAGCAGUAACUCAUCUCUCAGCUCCACCUCGGAAACACCAAAUGAGUCAACGUCCCCGAACACUCCAGAACCGGCUCCUCGGGCCAGGAGGAGGGGUGCGAUGUCAGUGGAUUCUAUCACAGAUCUUGACGACAGUCAGUCUCGACUACUAGAAGCUUUACAACUCUCCUUGCCUGCGGAGGCUCAUAGUAAAAAAGAGAAAGCCAGAGAUAAGAAACUGAGUCUGAAUCCCAUUUACAGACAGGUCCCCAGGCUGGUGGACAGCUGCUGUCAGCAUCUAGAAAAACACGGCCUCCAGACAGUGGGGAUAUUCCGAGUUGGAAGCUCAAAAAAGAGAGUGAGACAAUUACGUGAGGAAUUUGACCGCGGGGUCGAUGUCUCUCUGGAGGAAGAGCACAGCGUUCAUGAUGUGGCUGCCCUGUUGAAGGAGUUCCUGAGGGACAUGCCGGACCCCCUUCUCACCAGGGAGCUGUACACGGCCUUCAUCAAUACUCUCUUGUUGGAGCCAGAGGAACAACUGGGUACCUUGCAGCUUCUCAUCUACCUUCUACCUCCCUGCAACUGCGACACGCUCCACCGACUCCUCCAGUUCCUCUCCAUGGUGGCCAGGCACGCCAACGACAACGUCAGCAAAGAUGGGCAAGAGGUCACUGGGAACAAAAUGACAUCUCUAAACUUGGCCACCAUAUUUGGACCCAACCUGCUGCACAAGCAGAAAUCCUCAGACAAAGAAUUCUCGGUCCAGAGUUCAGCCCGGGCUGAGGAGAGCACAGCCAUCAUCGCUGUGGUACAGAAGAUGAUUGAAAAUUAUGAAGCCCUGUUCAUGGUUCCGCCAGAUCUCCAGAACGAAGUCCUGAUCAGCCUGUUGGAGACCGACCCCGAUGUGGUGGACUAUUUACUCAGAAGGAAGGCCUCCCAGUCAUCAAGCCCUGACAUGCUGCGGUCGGAAGUUUCAUUUUCUGUGGGAGGAAGGCACUCAUCCACCGACUCCAACAAGGCCUCCAGCGGAGACCUCUCCCCUUAUGACAACAACUCCCCAGUGCUGUCCGAGCGCUCCUUGCUGGCUAUGCAAGAGGACGCGGCCCCGGGGGGCUCAGAGAAGCUUUACAAAGGGCCGGAGCAGUAUGUGCUGGUGAGCCACUUGCCAUCGUCGAAAUCAAGGGAGAGUUCUCCUGGACCAAGGCUUGGCAAAGAUAUGGCAGAGGAGCCUUUCAAUAUCUGGGGAACUUGGCAUUCAACAUUAAAAAGUGGAUCCAAAGACCCAGGAAUGACAGGUUCCUAUGGAGACAUUUUUGAAAGUAGCUCCCUGCGACCGGGGCCAUGUUCCCUUUCUCAGGGGAACCUGUCCCCGAAUUGGCCUCAGUGGCACGGGAGCCCCACAGAACUGGAACGUGGCCGGCAGGUCAUUCGGAGGACUCAGACCACGGCCACCGUGGUGGAGUGCACGGCCUGCCCUCCCGUGUCGCGGGUCUGCAGCACGCCCCACAUCCAGGGCGGCGGCAGGAGACCCGAGCAGGCCAUGCCCAAAGCAGGGCGGUAUUUGACUCUGGGCAGUGCCGAAGACCUCACCCAGAGCGAGCCAGGCACCGCCUGGCCGCAGAGCAGAGCCAAGCCCUGGCACCAGAGACCUCGAGAGGGCGAGAAGCGUGACAAGAGGCCUCCUCCUCCUUAUCCUGGUCCAGGGAAGCAAGCUUUGGCGUCAGCCCGCCAGCCUGCCGAGUCACUGCUGUGGAGGCCUCAGAGGCCCGAAGAAGGUUCCAGAACAGCUUCGGAAGAGCCUCGGGCCACUGAGCAAAACCCGAGCACUGCCUACUCCGGUCCCGCCGGCGAUCAGAACAGCAAGACUUUGGGCGACCCCGACUGGCUCGACUGGCAGAGAGAGCGGUGGCAAAUCUGGGAGCUCUUGUCCACCGACAACCCCGACGCCCUCCCGGAAACACUGGUCUGAGCCCGCCCGAGUUCGCGCCCCCACGUCCCAAACAGCCUUCUUUCACUCAGUAGGGAAAAAAGGUGGUGUGAGACAAUUGGACAC